UGCUCUGUGAUCGUUUACUAAACCUGUCUUGUGUAAGCGUUACAAAGCGAAGUUGGAGUACUGCGUGGUUGGAGUGUUUUGUAUUCACCCACUCGAUCUCUUCAGACAAUUUGGAAAAGAAGGAGAUCUACAUCAAGACGCUGAAUUUGACUGUUUCAGAAUAUAAAGCUGGUUUUUGGAAAAGUUGCCGGUGGCUAGUUAGCUAGCUGACCAACUAGCUAGUUAGCUUUGGUGGAAUUAGCACCACAUUUGUAAUUAGUAUUUAUUGCCAGCUGCCAUUGGAAAGUCGUUCUGUCAAUUCUAUAUUUACAUUUUAACUUGUUGUCUUAAUUGUCUUCAUAGGGGAUUUCAUUUUUACAGUCUUGACCACCGUGUCAGUAACCUAGCAAGUAGCAAUGCUCAGCAAGACUAACGUCGGUGUUAUAAAGAACAUUUUGGGAUCCAUCGGUGGAUUUCCUAGUCUUAGAUUUAAAUAUGCAGAAAGUGCUGUCAACGCCGUUCAUCGUGACAGGGAACUGAUUAAAAGCAGAGAGUUGGAGAAAGAUGAACUACGGCCGUUGUACAUGGACUUCCAGGCGACCACACCGAUGGACCCAAGAGUUUUGGAUGCCAUGCUUCCAUAUCAAGUGAACUAUUAUGGAAACCCCCAUUCCAGAACACAUGCUUAUGGCUGGGAGAGUGAAAGUGCAAUGGAGAAAGCCAGAAAGCAAGUGGCAGACCUGAUUGGUGCCGACUCCAGGGAGAUUGUGUUCACCAGCGGCGCUACAGAGUCCAACAACACUGCAAUCAAGGGCGUCGCUCGGUUUUAUAAAGCGAAGAAGAGGCACAUCAUCACCAGCCAGACGGAGCACAAGUGCGUGCUGGACUCCUGCCGUGUCCUGGAGUCGGAAGGGUUCGAUGUGACGUACCUCCCCGUGCAGACCAACGGCCUGAUUGAUCUGAAGCAACUGGAAGCAACAAUCCGGCCAGAUACAAGUUUAGUGUCGGUGAUGACGGUGAACAAUGAGAUUGGAGUUACGCAGCCAGUGCAACAAAUAGGGCAGAUCUGCCGAUCGCGGAACGUGUUCUUCCACACGGACGCCGCUCAGGCCGUCGGGAAGGUUCCCAUCAACGUCAUGGACUGGAAGGUGGACCUGAUGUCCAUCAGCGGCCACAAGAUUUACGGCCCGAAAGGUGUGGGAGCUCUGUACGUGCGCCGGCGGCCCAGGGUUCGGCUGGAGCCCCUGCAGAGCGGGGGCGGGCAGGAGAGGGGGCUGCGCUCGGGCACGGUGCCCACUCCGCUGGCCGUGGGGCUGGGGGCCGCCUGCGAGAUCGCCCAGCAGGAGAUGCAGUAUGAUCACCACUGGAUAUCUAUGCUGGCGAACCGGUUCAUUGAGAAGGUCAUGGCGGAGAUUCCCAAUGUGGUGAUGAAUGGAGACCUGGAGCAGAGAUACCCAGGAUGUAUCAAUCUGUCCUUCGCCUACGUGGAAGGAGAGAGUCUGCUGAUGGCUCUCAAGGAUGUUGCCCUCUCAUCUGGCAGUGCCUGUACCUCAGCCUCUCUGGAGCCCUCCUACGUGCUGCGGGCCAUUGGAGCAGAUGAGGACUUGGCUCACUCUUCCAUCAGAUUUGGCAUUGGCCGAUUCACCACAGAGGCAGAAGUGGACUACACAGCCAAUAAAUGCAUCCAGCAUGUCAAGCGUCUGAGAGAAAUGAGUCCGCUGUGGGAGAUGGUGCAGGAGGGAAUCGAUCUGAAGAGCAUAAAAUGGACCCAGCACUGAAGACCUGACAGGAUAGCCAUCUGAGAAACACAGAGCAUUGAGUGUACCUAUCCAGCAUGGAAUGCCUUUCCUAGGAGGACAUUUUCCCAGAUGUUUUUCCUGUAAUCAAACAACAAUCACGCACAACCUUUUACUUCAUUUUUCAAAUACAUUUGUAUGAGCUGGUUAUGUUUUGCUUAUUUUUUAUCUGACAGGCAAUGAUUGGUGAAUAUGUCAGAAUGAAAGACCCAUAAAAAUAUCAAUGAUCUUUCAGACACCAAGUAGCCCUGGUUGUACAUCAUUUGACCAAUUUUGUCCCUUUUUUUUAAAUGGCAUAUCUGAAUUCAUUGGGUGAAGCCCUCCCCCAAGCAUUUAGGAAAUAAGCUGUAAACUUUCAGCAAUAAAUGGUCACGCUAUGUGGUAUGAAGUUGUGCACAUUAACCUUCAUGAGCAGUGUUACAGUCUUGAGUGUUUCAAGUCAAGCAUAGAGAAUAAUCAUGUAUACAUAUUUAAUCUAUACACCUCUAGGUCAUCCACACUCCAUGUAACAGUUCCUUUGCAGUUGUAUAUAAAUUUAUAUUUUAUGUGAAAAGAAUAAAAAAGAUUGUUAGUGGGCACAGAAAUUCAAAGAAUACCAGUGUGUAUACCAUAGCACUUAAUCUGUGAGGCAAACUGAAAACUUGGUUGAAAAAGUUUGAAAACCCGUACUAUCAUCUUCUAUUGGGAGCCACAUUGUCGUUCAUAAACGUUCAUAAAAUGAUUCUAUACAACAUAGCCUGCUAGGUGAUUUUAUGGAUUUACUUGAACAUGGCAUUCAGCAAUAUGCCUGUAACAUAUCUAUCAUCCGUAAGCUUAGCCGUCCACUUGGAUGCAUAGCUCUCUUAGCGGCACCACCAUUAAAUCCAUCCCAUACUUCACUGUAUUAAUAAACUAUUGUGAAAAUGUA